AUUAAAAAUUUACUCUCAGCUUAAAAUUUUUAAAACUAAAUGAUUUUAUAUUAAUAACAUUAAAUUAACUCUUAAAACUUCUCUUUUAGAGAAUGUUGCCAGGCAUUGGUGUUUUUGGAACAGGUAAAGUUAUUGAAAUAAUCGUACCUUUUUUGCGUGAUAAGGGUUUCAAAGUAGAAGCACUAUGGGGACGUACUAUGAAUGAAGCUGAAGAAGCUGCAAAACGUCUUCAAAUUCCAUUUUGGACCAACAAAAUUGAUAAUGUGCUCCUAAGAAAAGAUGUAGAUUUAAUUUUCAUUGUAUGCUCUCCAAACCUUCAUGCACAAAUAGCUGUCAAAGCAUUAGGUAUUGGGAAACAUGUUCUGUGUGAUAAACCAGCUGGUUUAUGCCAGAGUGAAGCUAUUAAAAUGGUACAUGCUGCUCAAUACUAUCCUUCACUUAUAUCAGUUGUCAAUCAUAGCUUGAGAUUUUUACCAGCAUUUGUACAAAUGAAAAAACAAAUUGUUGAAAAUAAAAUUGGAAAUGUGUUUUUAUGUGAUAUCAAAGUACAAAUGGGUCGUUUGUAUGGAGAUAAUUUUAACUGGUUAUGUGAUAAAACAAUGGGCGGUGGAGUCUUAACUUUAGUUGGGAGUCAUGUAAUAGACUUGGUUACUUACUUAACUGAUCAAAAAGCUAUCCGCGUCCAUGGUAUUGUUAAAACAUUCAAUAAAGAUUUUAAGUGUACAACUGGUGUUAGGCAAGUUACUAGUCCAGAUUUUUGUACUUUUCAAAUGGAAAUGACAGACAGAUCUUUAGUUACAGUUACAUUAAACAAUCACCUUGCUGGAACUUAUAUACAAGAAGUGCUAAUGUGUGGGACUGAAGGUAAUUUAAUUGUCAAAGGUGGAGAUUUAUAUAAGGAUAAAGACGAAGUAUUGUAUUUAGAUGUGGAAGACUUACAAAAGUCAGAUGCAAUAAAUGUGGUUUCUGCAGAUAUCAUGCCUAGACCUUGUAUGAAAGGUUUGUUAAAAAUGAUAAGUGCUUUACGAGAGGCAUUUUUACCAGUUGAAGAUAAAAGAGGUUGGAUAAAAGAACCUGUUUCGUCUGCAGCCACUUUUGAAGACAGCUUAUAUGUUCAAGCAGUGAUUGAUGCAAUACGAUCAUCUAGUAUAAACAAAGAAUGGGUAAAAGUUGAAGUAAUAACAGAAGAACCAGAUCCAAAUCCUUUACUGAGUGCUGCUGUAAGAAAAAGUGGCAUGUCUAUGUAAUUUAUAAAAAUAUAAACAUAUUAUUUGAUUU